AUGAUGGUGAAUAGACAUAAACAUAGCAACAGCAAUAGUAGUAGUAGUAGUACACUACUGACACGAUCAGUCUUAACAUUAUGCUUGUUGCUCAUUUGUAACUUGGUACUGGCAGUUGACGAAGUAGGCGUAGUACUCUCAGACCCAACAUACAGAGACAAUCAUCCUGUUGUACUAGAAGAGUUAAUAUUUGGAAGAGAUGUAUCAGUGGGAGGUGACUCUAGACUUGAAUGCAAAGAUCAGAGUGCAGAUAUAUUAUGGUCUACAGAGACUCAUUCAUCGAUUGUAUCGACACCUAUUAUAACUGAUCUGUUUGCUGAAGGUAGCAAGGAUAUUGUAUUGGUUAAUACCAAUAAUUAUGUGGAUGUGAUCAGAGGCAAGAGUGGCACGCGUGCCAUUGGAUGGCCGUUCAUCCUGCCCGAGUCGACGUUCUCCUCCAGUCCCAUACUCUACGAUUUUGAUCAAGACGGUCAUAAUGAGAUCGUUGUGGCAACGCGCGAGGGCGAGAUCCUAUUCAUCCACUCGAACGGCAUGCUGGCAUUCAACUCCACGCUAAGGAUACCGCCACUCAAGGUCGCCAAGAACUGGUUCAGCAUCACCGACAAGCAUGUGGACGCGUCGUUCUCACUGCACGAGCGUGACAUUAGGAAGAGGAUAUCAAAGGAGUACAGGGAGACCAAUGCCAAAGAGCAACAGCUCAACAAUCAGACGCCUCAAGAGAAUGAGAUGUACUCCAUGUCGCCAUACGUCAAGCAGAAGCAUGAGCACUAUGAGAUAUUGUUCUCGGAGCACUAUGAGCACUACAUCCAGGCCAACAGACAGUACUCCAGCCACUCAAAGUUGCACAUCUGGGUCGAUGCUCAUGUGUUGUCCUCACCAAUCAUCGCGGACAUUGAUGCCGAUGGCAAUAUGGAGCUGAUCGUCGCAGCCUCAUACUACUACGAUCAUGAAUACUACGCCGACCCCGUACACAACUCAACCCUUGAUCCAGAAAUUGACAUCUUCAACUAUGCCGCCGGCGGCAUUGUCUGUUUCAACCUCGCCGACAUGACCAUCAAGUGGCAGACACACUUGGAUCUUACUGCCGACAACAAGAUGUACAAUGGAUAUGUUUAUGGAUCACCGACUGUUGCCGAUAUCAACAAUGAUGGAAUGUUGGAGACGAUCAUUGGAACUAAUUUGGGAUUGGUGUAUAUAUUGGAUCACAAUGGAGAACCAUUGAUGGAGCCUAUAAACAUGGACUCUAUCUAUGCCCCAGUGAUCGUACAAGAUGUCAAUGGAGAUGGUCAGGCAGAGCUCAUUGCUACAGACGCAGAUGGCAACAUCAUCUGUUUCAACAACCGUGGCGAGGAAAUAUGGAGUUACAAGAUUGUUGGAAUGACUGAGAGUCCCGCAAUGCUUGGUGAUAUCAAUGGAGAUGGUAAACUUGAUGUUGUUGUUGGUACAACAAGUGGAGUGAUAUAUGCAUUCAAUGCGGCGACGGGAGAGUCAUUGUUGGACUUCCCAAUCAAGACAAAGUCUUCGAUAUUGUCUCAGAUACUGCUGGUCAAUCUGUCGCCGAGCGACCCGAACGGACUGUCCAUCGUGGUACAUGGUAGUGAUGGCGUUCUCUACAUGAUAGAUACUCGCGAGGGCUGCACCAAUAAGCUGGACAUUGGCGAUCAAUCAUUCGCCAUGGUGCUGGCAACGGACUUUACAGGCAAUGGCCAACUAGACCUGCUCGUCAGCACAUUUGGCGGCGUGCUCUACACGCUCUCUACCAACACCCCAUUCACACCGGCAAAGGAAAGGACCUCGUUCAAUCAGGAGAGGAACAUAUUCUCGCAGGGUGUCGAAGGUAUUUUCAUCAGACAGGACAGCAGUGGUGUGUUUGAUGUGAUUGGCAGCGAGUUCUCGCUGGCGUUCGACGUUGUUGAUGCCAGCUACAACAGGUCCACUGCCAAUGACAAGUCAUAUGUGAUCCGUGGAUACUACGGUGGUCGCCAGCUGUUCACCUUCAACUUUGAGUAUCCUGGCUGGAAGUAUGUCACUGUUCCAGUGCCCGAGCGUUCACAGGCCAAGUUGUUCCGUGUAGAGAUGACCAACAAGAAUGGAUUGAUAUACAGUACCGAGGCAGCCUAUUCAUUCAAUAUUCAGUUCUCAAGGUUGUUAAAGUGGAUCAUUGUCCUUCCAUUCAUUGUCACAUCAACAUUGAUCAUAAUGUUGCAACAACAUAAGAGAGGAACACUUCCAAUGUAA